AUGUGUGGCGACCUCUGCCACGGCUCAAGUCCGGCCGGGGGCGUGCCGGAGACGCGCGACCGUGGACGCGCGCCCCACAGAUAUGGAUUUAAGAUUAACGAGAAAGUGCCAGUUACGGUCACACUUGUAAAACGCGGGCGCGGCGAGGCACGGCGAGGCGCGGGUGUGACGCGAGGGCCGGGGCGCGCGGCGUGUUUACACGCGGGUGCAGGCGGCAGGCGGCAGGCGGCGGGUGCAGCGGGCGGCGAUCGAUGCUGGGCGGGGCGAGCGCCGCGCGCCGCGCCCGGCGCCAGUCCGCCUCGGGGCCGCGUCCGCGCGGUCGUCGCCUGUCGCUGUCGCUGUCCGCUGCGGCGCGCCGGAGUGUCUCCGCGACCGCGGGCGCCCGGCGGCGGCGGCGAGCCUCGCGCCGCCCGCCCCCGCGCCCAUGCCGCGCCCGCCCGCCGCUCGCCCGCCCGCAGCCGCAGCGCGCCCGCUCCCGCGCCCGCGCCCGCCGCCGCCCGCCGCCGCGCGCGCAGCCUGGCCGCCCGCGCCGGCGCACCCGCCGCCGCCGCGCCCGCGCCCGCGCCUGCACCUCGUCUGCGCCCCGUCUUCCUCUGGGCUCGCCAGCACGACGGCACCGUGCAGGAGGUCCACUGCGAGGACUACGACCCGCGAAAUCGUAUUCGUAUAGCGCGCACCCCGAACGGUUGGCGCGUGAUCCCGCGGACGGAGAUCUACAACUCGAUCCGUGUGCCGGCGCCGCCGCCGCGCGAGCGCAAGGAGCGCCGCCGCCGCGGCCGCUCGGGCAGGUCGCGCCGGAGAAGGGUCGACCGCCCGGACCGGGGGGCCGAGCAGUGCGCCGAGCCGGCCACGGUCCAGCCCGCGUGGCUAGCUCCCGAUCUGGAGUCACACAUCCCCUCGCACACGAUCGCGGUGCCGCGAGUGGUGCAGCAGCCUCCGCCUCCGGCGGAGCCCACCCCGCUGGACAACUUGCUAGCGGUGGCCGAACUGGAGUUUAAUCAGCAGCGCGGUGAAGAACUUGAGUUGGAAGGAAGUGGCGCGUGA